GUGUAAUUAUUAUGAAAUGGAAUUACUACUUAUCUGGGGAGAGGGAGGUUUAAGUUAAAUUGAAAAUGUUUGUUUUCUAUGUCCAUAGCCAUUAUGUCAUAUCGACGAUCAAAUUUUAUGGAGACGGACGAUAUGUUCCUCCAGUUUGAGGACGAUUUAGAUAAUAACAUCGCGGGAGGGUCAUCAUCUGUGGGCGACAAUACGGGGUCUUCUUCUCAACAAACGACUCCGACUCCUAGGAGACGUGUGCAGUCUCGACUCUUGGAGUUAAAGCGCCACGUUGCAAUAAAUGGGCGCAUUCCGAUGACGAUCGCCCCUGGAGCGGAGAAGCCUAUUUCUCCACACGCCGUUCGCUUCAGCCAGGCGAUAGGCGUGUGCGUGCGAAAGACAUUUCCCGUCCGCUGUCUUAAGUGGACGGACGUUGGGAGAGAAUACAUUGAGGUCGUCAAGGGCGACCUCCAGCGAUUCUUUGUGCUUGAUUUCAAUGAUCAAGCAAUGAACAGGUUUGUUGAGCAUCAGAUGCUCACGACCUUUAAAGAGUUCCGGGCCGACUGUCAUAAACAUUUCAAAAAGUACAGCGACCCGGAGGAGGCUCGUGCCAACCCACCAAACGCAUUGGUUGGACGUGAUGAGGAUUGGCACUUCCUCUGCGACCAUUAUAUCAGCCGUGCAUUCCAGGAGCAAUCACGGACAAACAAGGCUGCUAGACAGAAGCAGCCUUACAAUCAUAGUAGCGGGUCCAAGUCGUUUCUACAACGACAGUAUGAGCUCGCUGAAAGAAGAGGGCAGCCGGUCAAUCGUGUGGAAUUGUUCCGGGAAACACACGUUCGAGCUGGGACAUUCGUGUCGCAAGCCGCCGAGGAUGCGCAUAAUCAAAUGCUGGAACUCCAAUCCCAGCCUAUCCCAGAGGGUAGUCAGCCACUCUCUGAGGAUGAGAUAUGCGAUCAGGUGUUGGGUAGACGACCAGGCUACUCAAAAGGCCUUGGUUGGGGACCCAAGCCGAAGGCCCGCAGAACGGCAAGUGCAAGCAGUUCGUCGACAUCUUGUUCGCAGUCCACACAAAAAGAGAUUGAAUUACAAGCUAAACUUCAUGAAGCUUUGGAACGGAUUGAAGUACAAGAUAGAAAUCACCAAGCAUUAGCUUCACAAGUGGAAGCUAUGAAAAAGAUGAUUGAAGACCUAACUCGUGCACAACAGGGACCACCACAUGAUCCCUAGCUUCAUUAUGUUUAUGUUUUUUCUAUAUUGAGAACUAUAUUUUGUUGUAGUCAACUUAUUCGUAUUAUUAAUUUUAAUUCUAUUUUUUUAA